AUGCCAGGGGCCCGCCUGCAGGCGCCUGCCGCCCCAGAUGACGGCGCCCCUCAUCAAGGCUCGUCCUGCGCCCAAGGCGCGCGAGCACCUUCUGGUUUCCAGUCCCCGCCGCCGACGCUCAUGGGCGGGCCGAGCUCCGCGAAGGGCAAGAGAGGGCGCUGGCUGGGCUCCCUGAAGCCGCCGCGGACCUCGAAGAGGGAACCCGGCGCUGCGGUCGUCACGAUGGGUGACAUCCGCAACGCCGGGUCCGCGGAGAAGGCGGCGCUGGCGAAGCGGUGCCUGCGCGACCUCGCGAGGGGCGCCGCCUCCGUCUCCGUGCCGGGCUCGGGGCUCGGGGACUCCUUCGGCGUGCAGCUGGCGGAGGUGCUCUGCGCCAGCGGCGGGCAGCCGUCCCCGGUCAAGAUGCUGGAGCUCGAGCGCAACAUGCUCGGGGAGCCGACCGCGAGGGGCCUGGGCCGGGCGCUGGCCAGCGCGAGCUCCCGGCUCCAGGUCCUCGAGCUCGGGUCCAACGCCCUCGGCGACGGCGGCGCCCGCGCCCUGGCGGACGGCCUCCAGGCGAGCGGCUGCCUCCAGCAGCUCGACGUCCACAGCAACGGCAUCGGCCCGCUCGGCGCCGAGCACCUGGCCGGGGCGCUGGCGGGGCACCAGCACGUGAGGGCCCUCCACCUCGGCGAGAACCGCAUCGGCCCGAACGGCGCGCGGAUGCUCAUCCCGAAUCCCUGGAGCUGA